GUAUUAUUCAGCGAUUUGUAGCCAGGAUUUUAGAAAAUAAUUUUUUAUUAUACAGUACAUCAAUGUAAUAUUUCAUAUAGUAAUUUUAAAUACAACAAAUCUAUAUUUAACAACCAUAGUUCACUAAUAACUAUUAAAAUUAUAAAAAUACUGUGCAAUUAACAUAAUCUCAAAUCAAAAUGAAAGUAAUACUGGAAAUGUCUGAACGGAAAGGGGGUGUGUAUGAGGCGGUGCAACCCGUGUCCCUAUCGUGGCUUAACAUACAAGUGGUGACCAGACCACAGAAAGACAUUUAUAAUUGCUAUAAGAAUGAACAAAAGCCCAAAGAGAUUAUCAAAAAUGUUUCGGGUGAAGUUAAGACGGGACAACUAUUGGCUAUAAUGGGCGCCAGUGGCGCUGGAAAAACAAGUCUAUUGAAUGUACUAACCGGUAGGAAUCUGUCUAAACUGGGUGUCCAGGGACAGGUCCUCGUGAAUGGACAGGUAGUCACUGCGGCUCAAAUUGCAUCCAUUUCCUCGUACAUACAACAACACGAUAUGUUUCACGCGAUGCUUACCGUUCGGGAACACCUAAUCUUUCAGGCAUUAUUACGUAUGGAUAGGAAUAUGAGUAGACGUGAGAAAAUUGAUUCCGUGGAUCAUGUCAUACAAAAGUUUAAUCUCACAAAAUGUAUGAACACUAAAAUCGGAGGCGCCCAUGCCUUCAAAGGCAUAUCCGGUGGAGAAAUGAAAAGACUGUCCUUUGCUUCCGAGGUGUUGACCAAUCCUUCGGUUAUGUUUUGUGAUGAGCCGACCAGUGGUUUGGACUCAUUUAUGGCCGAAAACAUCGUACAAGUGCUGAAGGAUAUGGCAGCUGAGGGUCGGACCAUCAUCUGUACUAUACAUCAGCCCUCGUCUCAAGUGUUUGAACUUUUUGAGCACUUAUUACUUAUGGCUGACGGAAGGGCAGCUUUUAUGGGAACAAUAUCCGAAACCCGGGACUUCUUCUCGUCGAUAGGAUUCGUGUGUCCCGAUAACUACAAUCCCGCCGAUUUCUACAUCAAUGAGCUGGCCAUUACAUCGGAUAACAUUAAGGAGGAUAAGAUCAGAGUCACUGAGAUUUGCGACAAAUAUCUCAAAUCUGAUUACGCGCCCCAAUUGGCCAUCGAGAUUGAUAACAACCAAUUGGUGAACACGUUUGAAGAACGGGAUGACGAGAGCGAGAUUGAGUCGGGCUAUAGGGUGGGCUACUGGAGCCAAUUGGUGGCCCUAUUCUGGCGCUCGUAUCUAUUGGUCAUCCGGAGUCCGCAGCUCUUGAAAGUGCGAAUCAUGAGGACUCUGAUAUUAGCCCUAUUCCUGGGCACCAUAUACCACAAACAAUACGCUGAGUCCCCCUAUAUAUCCAACAUAAACGCCGCACUCUUUCUGUUGGUCCAAAACAACACUUUCCUGAAUACCUUGUUUUGUGUGCAAAUAUUCUGUAUGGAAACGCCGAUAUUCUUGCGCGAACACCACAACCGUAUGUACGGAGUGUUGCCUUAUUUUGUCGCCACCAGUUUUAUCCAGUUACCGAUUCUGUGCACGUCUGGCAUCAUAUUCAUUGCUGUCAUCUAUUAUAUGAUUGGAUUCAAUGCGAUGCCGGCGGUAUUCUUCACGUGUAUUGCCAUCAAUAUAGUGCUAACUCUGGUCUCCUCCAGCUUCGGCUACUUCAUAUCGGCGAUAAGCCGGGACAUCGCCACCGCCAUGGCUUUACUCACGCCUAUGGUUAUGCCAAUGAUUCUGUUGGGCGGACUGUUUCUCAAUACCAACUCAAUACCCUUUUGGCUCGAGUGGGCUAAAUACCUGUCGUUCAUACACUACGGGUUUGAGUCGAUGGUCGUGAACCAGUGGAAAGACAUCGAUUACAUCCCGUGUAUCAAUGCGAAUAUAUCGGCGGCGUCCCUCGGCCAGUGCUAUCCUACCGGUGCGGCCGUUAUAGCCGAGGAGGGCUUCCACGAAGACAACCUGUUCUGGGAUCCCAUCAUUAUGUUAGCCAUGACUGGGCUCUUCCUAUUCCUGGCAUACGUGGGACUGGUAUUCAAAGCCAAAAAGAAGAACUAAAUCAUUUAAAUUGAGUUUUUUAUAUCAAGUUUUAAAGCAUUUUUAAAGCAUUUUGUCGUAAUGUUAACUAAUUUCUAAUCAAGUUUCUAAUUAGUAAUUACCUAAUAAGGAG